ACUAAUUUCAGUCGCGCGCGUAAGUGAUAUGGAAGCGAGUGAAUAUGGUGGGGGAUGGUUCUGAGUUUUUGACCGCUUGCUCAGAAAUAAACCCUCGGUGGUGUCACCGUACUUGAAUUCCAAAUCAGCUCUCCAGUUCCGGACAUCACAUGGACAUGGAUUCUUCUGAUUCCAUGGAUAUGGUCAAGGGAGAAGAGGCAGCAGACAGCCCAACUGAAGGGAAUGCUGAUUCGUUUGAAGGGGCUGAAGGGAAUGCCGAUUCGUCUGAAGGGGCUGAAGGGAAUGCCGAUUCGUCUGAAGGAGCUGCAGUUCUAGAACCAUAUGUUGGUUUGGAAUUUGAAUCUGAAGAUGCUGCCAGGAAGUUCUAUAUCGAAUAUGCCAGACGGGUAGGUUUUGUUGUGCGUAUUAUGCAACGCCGCCGCUCAGGGGUUGAUGGGAGAACUCUUGCCCGUCGACUUGGAUGUAACAAGCAGGGGUUUUCUCCUAAUCAUGGCGCACUUGGACCUGAUAAGAAACCACGAUCUAGUGCUCGUGAAGGUUGCAAGGCCACAAUUUUGGUUAAGAUGGAGAAGUCUGGAAAAUGGGUUGUUACGAGAUUCGUGAAAGAACAUAACCAUCCUCUCAUUGUUACUGCCCAUGGGUUUAGUACUUCGGGCGAUAAGGAUAAGAAAAUUGAAGAACUCACUCUGGAAUUGAAGCGUCAAGAUCAAUUGUGUGCGGUAUAUCGAGAAAAACUACUCAGGUUUCUGGCAAAUGUUGAGGAGCAAGCUGAACAGUUGUCUUCAAAAGUUCAAGUUAUUGUGGACAAUGUAAGAAAAGUUGAAGCUGAAGUGAAAAAUCUCUCACACUGUAGAUAACCUCAGGCAUUUAGAGUUAGUUAUUUGCUUUGUAUAGAUUGUAUAUAAUUCAGGUACAUUUUUAUGAUCCGUUUUUGAGUUACAGAGCUUGCUUAUUUGAAUUUCCUUCUUUCACUUAAGAUGAUGGUAUAACAUAAUCUUGUACUGUAAUUUUAGAAUUGUUUCAUCAUAUUGAAUUGAAGUCUCUCUUUCUCAAGCA